AUGAUUAUUAGUAAUUAUAGAUAUAAAAGUAUUAUAUUUAUAUCAACAUUGUUGUUGUUGGUAUGUUCAUGGACAGUGUCAUCAAGUGAUAUCGAUGCUGCCUCCUCAUCGAUUCCUCGAUGUAUUGUAGAUCAAAGAAUUAACAAUGAUAAAUACUCGAUGGAUUGUCAAGCUCAACAAUUCGGAACCUACAAUAUCUUGGUUAAAGAUGGUGUCUAUGAUUGUGUUCAACCCACUUCAAUCUCUUUGAGUAACGAUCUAUUCGUCAAUAUCAAACCAUUCAAUGUAUCUUCAGGUGUCUCUUUUAAAUGUUAUGAUAAUUAUUUCUUAAAUAUAGUCACAGAUUCCCAAAUUAGAGUCAAUAUUUCAAGUAUUGAAAUUGAUUGUGCAAGCUAUGACGAGAACACUCAAAGAAGAAGUUGCAUCUAUAUGAAUGGGGAGAAUAACAGAAUUUCCGAACUCAAUUUGCACAAUGUUACAAUUAGAAAUGCUCACUCCAACAGUCAAUUCAUUGAAUCAGGUGCUGUCACCCUCUACAGACUUUCUGCAACUGUCACCGAUUCACUUUUCAUCAACUGUACAUCAAAUGGACCUGGUGGAGCUAUUGGAAUAUUGGAUAGUACUCCAUCACUCAAUGUUUUCAAUUCAAGAUUUUACAAUAAUGUCGGUUCUUACGGUGGUGCUAUCUAUACAAAUGGACCAUCAAUUAAUGUCUAUAAUUCAAUUUUCUCUAACAACUAUGCAUCGUAUUAUGGAGGUGCGGUCUACACAUAUUCUCAAAAUGUUCAAAUGAGCAAUAAUGUAUUCGCCAACAAUACUGCUGUUAAUAGUGGUGGUGCAGUUAUCAUUAGUUCUGGAAAUGUUUUACUUAACUCCAAUAACUUUAAUUCCAACAAUGCAAUUAAUGGAUAUGGUGGUGCUUUGUAUUUAUUAUCAAAUGCUCAAGAAUUGACUACUUUUGUAGUAACUGAUUCAUCAUUCGCAAAUAACGUUGCAACUUAUGGUGGUGGUAUUGCAACUCAAGCACAAACUGGAGUUUUCGAUUUAACACAAACCAGUUUUGACAGUAACCGUGCAAUAUCUUCUGCCUCCAGUUUCUAUUUCUUCUAUACCUCCAUUAGAUUAAUUGGUGGUACUUUCUAUUUACCAACCAAUGUUUAUGAACAUUUCCCAUCAUAUUAUACCAAUUAUUUGAAAUAUAAUAUUCAAAAUUUGAACAAUAUUGAUAAUACAGCAUGUCCAACCGAUUCACAAAUAUUCUAUGGUGCACAAUCAUAUCCAUAUUCAUGCUUAAAAAUUGAUAAUAUCGUAGAUCCAACACCUACACCAGCAGUCUCAGGCACAACUGAAUACUCAUCAGGCACAACAGGUUCCGAUGGAUCGGGAUGGGCAACAACAUCAUCAAUAUCAACAUCUGGAUCAUGGACAUCCGGAUGGUCUACUUUCUCAUCGACAACUGGAUCAUUCACAACUGGAUGGCCAUCUUUCAGUUCAUCAUCAACAUCGAGUUGGUACACCACCACUUCAUCCUACUCAGGUUCAUCUUCAAGUGAACUAUCGGACAGCAACGAUCAAAAUACCAAUCCACUUUUGGCAUUGGCAUUUUUAUUUGCAACUUGUUUCGCUUCUCUUUUCUUUUUCAUCGUUGCCAUCAUCAAAGGUGUGAGAAAAUAA